CAAAAACCCUGGUCCCCUCCGCCCGCCGCCGCCACCACCGCGCCUCCGCAUUUCAGAUCAGAAGUCAGAGCCCAGAGGGGAGGGUCUGUGGCGCCGCUCCCGUCCCGCCGGAGACCCAAGCGAGAACCGCCACUCCUCCUCCUUCCCUCAUUUUGAAAUCGAUUUCGGCGGCCUCUCACCUCCGCAGCCCGCACCAUCUCUCCGCGGCUGCUGCGCUACUUAACCGCCUCGAUCUGCUCCCCAUUUCCCCGUCCAGAUAAACGCCAGCCGAAACCUUAGGGUCCCGCGCCUCCGCCUCCUUCUUCCCCGCCGCUGAAGAGGUCGACGAUGGCGGGCAAGGAGAACGCAGCUCCCGUGGGGGCCCUGGGCGUGGCGGGGCCCCGGCUCACGCGGGCCGCGGCGAAGCGCGCGGCGGCGAUGGCGGCGGAGGGUCCGGACGACGCCAAACGGAGGCGGGUGGCGCUUGGGGAGCUCCCGGCGCUCGCCAACAACGCCGCCCUCGCACCGUCUCGCCCCGUGAAGCCCUCGAAGCCCGCGUCCAGGCCCGCGAGGCCCGGCGCGUCGGAGGCCUGCGGGCCCGCCGCCGCCGCCGAGGCCGAGCGCUGCGCGUCCUUCUCCCCGCCGCGCGCCGCCGACGCCGAGUCCAACUCCGCCUCCUACUCCCCGCCGCGCACCACAGCCGACACCGCUUUCUCCGCGCCGCCGCGCGCCGCCGACGCCGAGUCCAACUCCGCCUCCUACUCCCCGCCGCUCGCCACAGCCGACACCGCUUUCUCCGCGCCGCCGCGCGCCGUGGCGCCCGCCGACCUCCAGCUCUCCGGGUCCUACGCCUCCGACAUCUACACCUACCUCCGCUCCCUGGAGGUGGAUCCGCAGCGGCGGUCCAGAUCCGAUUACAUCGAGGCGGUGCAGGCGGACGUCACGGCCCACAUGCGGAGCAUCCUCGUCGACUGGCUCGUCGAGGUCGCCGAGGAGUACAAGCUCGUCGCGGACACGCUCUACCUCACCAUCUCUUAUGUCGACCGCUUCCUCUCCGUCAACGCGCUCGGCCGUGACAAGCUGCAGCUCCUUGGCGUUGCCUCCAUGCUCAUUGCCGCGAAGUUCGAGGAGAUCAGCCCGCCGCACCCGGAGGACUUCUGCUACAUCACAGACAACACCUACACCAAAGAGGAGCUCCUCAAGAUGGAGAGCGACAUACUCAAGCUUCUCAAGUUCGAGUUGGGCAAUCCUACAAUCAAGACCUUCCUGAGACGUUUCAUAAGAUCUGCCCAUGAAGACAAGAAGGGCUCCAUCUUGUUAAUGGAAUUCUUGGGGAGCUACCUCGCUGAGCUGAGUCUACUAGAUUAUGGCUGCCUCCGGUUCUUGCCAUCAGUAGUUGCUGCUUCAGUCAUGUUUGUUGCUAGGCUGACCAUUGAUCCAAAUACCAAUCCGUGGAACACAAAGCUGCAGAAGAUGACUGGCUACAAAGUUUCUGAACUCAAGGAUUGCAUCGUAGCCAUACAUGACUUGCAGCUCAACAGGAAAUGUCCAUCAUUAACGGCAAUUCGAGACAAGUACAAGCAGCACAAGUUCAAAUGCGUGUCAUUGAUCCUCGUGCCUGUCGUGAUCCCUACUUCAUACUUUGAAGACUUAGCUGAGUAGCUGCUCUCGGACUGUACCGCUGUAAGGCUAACAAUCUGAGCUCUCCUUGAGCUCUUAGGGACAAGCAGAAAAUAACCGUUUGAUGAGCUUUCCUCUCAUUUAAGUAGCGUGGUGAAAGCUAUUUGUUUGAGGUUCUUUAGGAUUCGCGCCGCUGUGUCACUCUUAGUGAGACCAGGCAUUCUCUUGCUGUGAAUCUUGUAUCAUAUCUUAGUCACACCUUGCCUUGGUCCGUUGGCAACGAAUGUAAUGUUUGAUACGUUAGACCCUUC